AUGUUUCGAGGUGCGCUUGUGAUUUUUUCCGUACUCCUGACGACGCUCGCGGCUAAGGUUCCUCGGCUCGUUCUGGAUGAUAACUACGUCAAUCGGGUCGUUGGUGGCCAGGUAGCUGCAAAUGGUUCCGCGCCGUAUCAGGUGUCGUUGCAAGUUGCCGGAUGGGGACACAAUUGCGGUGGGUCGCUGCUGAACGAUCGUUGGGUUCUUACUGCUGCUCAUUGUCUCGUGGGAAGUAACCCCGACUCUCUGGAGGUGUUGGUUGGAACGAACAGCCUCAAGGAAGGUGGCCAGCGGUACAAGGUGGACAAACUGUUCUACCACAGCCGCUACAACCGACCCCAGUUCCACAAUGACGUCGGUUUGGUGCGCCUGGCAAAGUCGGUGACGUUUUCAAAUGUAGUCCAAAGUAUCGCUUACUCGGAGAAGGCACUUCCGGCCAACGUGACCGUCCGUCUGACCGGCUGGGGACGCACCAGUGCCGGUGGGCCAGUCCCGACCCUCUUGCAGACCAUAAACUUGGUAACCCUGAGUAACGAAGUAUGCAAAACGAAAAGCUCCAACCCAAAGAAUGUUGAUGUUGGACACGUCUGCACGUUGACGAAAACUGGCGAAGGGGCAUGCAAUGGAGACUCCGGUGGCCCGUUGGUGUACGAUGGGAAAGUGGUUGGUGUUGUCAACUUCGGAGUCCCUUGCGCCUUGGGAUAUCCCGAUGGAUUCGCAAGAGUUUCCUACUAUCACGACUGGGUGCGCACAACGAUGGCAAAUAAUUCGUAGGACCCUUAGUUGAUCUUCGCUCACUUACCAUCACUUUUCAAUCCAUUCAUACUCGCUGGGCAAAGUGUAUUGCGCAUUGCAUACCACUAGGAGUUGGCAUUGCUUCGAGUGCGGUAACGGUAAAUUCUUUUGAAAAACCAAAUUCCUCAGAUUAAAUUUACCUUGUCAUGCCUAUUACUUGAGUUUUAAAAUAAACUA